UCCUUAGCUGCCUUGCUGCCGUCUCGGGUUAAAUUUCGAGCGACUGUCCCUUUAAGGCAGCACGGGCGCGAGAAAAGAUGCGCCUUGCGCCUGCGCGCCGGAACCUUGACCUCGCGCUCGCUAGGCGCUGCUCGUGACUACCUCUUGUUGUUGUUGUUGUUUGAACGGAAGGGGGAGGGGGGAAAGCACCGUUUUCCGUUCGAUUUUUUAUUACUGAACCGGUAGUGGCCAUACGGUUGCCAUAGCGACCUGGUCCCAAGACCGGCCCGGCCUGGGAUCGAACCCCAGAAGCCGAGGCCAUGGAGGAACCGGGAACAACCGCCUCCGCCUUAGAAGGAGACAACGUAACGUCUGAAGUGACGGAGAUCCGGGUCUCUGGUCCGCAGCCUCUGAGGCUCUUAGAAUGGAAAGUCUCGGCCGGAGCGACGGUGAAAAUUGGGUCGGUUCUGGCGGUGUGCGCACCCAUCCAGGUCCCCGCCCGGCCUGGAACUCCGCUCGCCCAGGCCGGCCCGCAGCGGGCAGCCGAGCGGAAGGUCAAGGCGAAGAGGCCCGGAGUGGUGCGAGAACUGUGCGCGCAGCUGGGACAAGUUAUCCCGCCGGGAGGUAUACUGGUGAGGCUGGAAGGAUGCAGCCAUCCUGUUGUUAUGAAAGGUCUAUGUGCAGAAUGUGGCCAGGAUUUGACACAGUUACGAAAUAAGAAUGGAAAACAGAAUAUGCCAGUAUCCACAGCAACUGUAUCAAUGGUUCAUAGUGUCCCAGAAUUGAUGGUUAGCUCUGAGCAAGCUGUACAGUUGGGUAGAGAAGAUCAGGAGAGAUUACGUCGAAAUCGCAAACUUGUGCUAAUGGUAGAUUUGGACCAGACAUUGAUCCAUACGACAGAACAGCAUUGCCAACAGAUGUCUAACAGAGGAAUAUUUCAUUAUCAGUUAGGUCGAGGGGAACCCAUGUUGCAUACCCGGUUACGUCCUCAUUGCAAGGAGUUCCUGGAAAAGAUUGCCAAGCUGUAUGAACUACAUGUUUUCACCUUUGGAAGCAGACUUUAUGCACAUACUAUUGCAGCAUUCUUGGAUUCUGAAAAGAAGCUCUUUUCUCAUCGAAUAUUGUCAAGGGAUGAAUGUAUUGAUCCAUGUUCAAAAACUGGGAACCUUAGAAACUUGUUUCCUUGUGGAGAUUCCAUGGUUUGUAUUAUUGACGACAGAGAGGAUGUCUGGAAAUGUGCACCUAAUUUAAUAACUGUGAAGAAGUAUGUAUAUUUUCAGGGUACAGGAGACAUUAACGCACCACCUGGAUCAAGAGAAGCCCUAAUGAGAAAGAAAGCAAACGAUUCAUCAAAAUUAACUGGAGCAUCUGAUCCAGCAGUAGUAACAAGAGACUCUGAAGGCAUGAAGAAUAUUGGAAAUGUAGAAGAACAAAGCAAUGGUAUUAGGAAAUCCACAAAGGAAGUAAAUGGGAGUAACUCUAUCAGCGGUGACACCUCAUCCUGGGAUUUGAAUUCUGAUGAUAAAUUAAAAAACUCCUUAAGUAGUGCUGAUCACAUAAUAGAUGCUUCUAGUACAAAUGAACUGACAAGUGCCAAAGAACCUCAUCCAUCUUCAGACCAUGAUAAUCAGAGAGUUACAAGCAAACAGCAGGUUCAGAACAAGACAACCAAUUCUUUGGACUUUGAAUUGUCUAGUGAUAGUGAAAGUGACAGUGGGCUGGAUGCUAAGAAAUCCUCCUCCUCUUCUGCUUCAGAUAGUGAAUAUGAAGGGAAAAGAAGCUGGAGAAAAUCAGGGCAGUCCAUACAGGAAGACAGCACAAUGCUUCUCUUGGGAACUGAUUCUAACUUAGAAAAAGAUGGACAGCCAAACCAUUCUGAAGACUUGGUAACCUCACCUAGCAUCAAUCCCCACCCCAAAACAUUUGAUCUGGAUGUACAUGAGGAGAGUGAGCAAGAUAGCCUUUGCAGUCUUGGAAAUGGGUGUAUUGACAAGAAGGAGGCUGAGACAGAAUCUCAGAAUAGUGAACAGUCUGGUAUAACUGUGGGAGAAUCUUUAGAUCAAAGCAUGGAAGAAGAGGAAGAUGAUGAUACAGACCAAGAUGACCAUUUGAUAUAUCUUGAAGAGAUUCUUGUUCGGGUGCACACGGAUUAUUAUUCAAAAUAUGAUAAAUAUGUCAGAAAAGAAAUCGAUGAGGUCCCUGAUAUAAGAAAAAUAGUGCCAGAACUUAAACGAAAAAUAUUGCCAGGUGUUACCAUAUUAUUUAGUGGGCUACAUCCCACAAAUUUCCCUAUAGAAAAAACACGAGAGUAUUAUCAUGCUACUGCUCUUGGAGCUAAGGUUACAAAAAGUCUAGUAUUAAAUGAAGAUGACCCCAAUAGGCCAACUCACCUUAUUGCAGCAAGAGCAGGCACAGAAAAAGUUCGGCAAGCCCAGAACUGUAAAAAUCUUCAUAUUGUAAAUCCAGACUGGUUAUGGAGCUGCUUGGAGCGUUGGGAGAAAGUAGAAGAACAGCUGUUUCCUUUGAAGGAUAAUUACCUCAAAACACAAAGAGAGAACAGUCCCGCCAUGUUUCCAGAUAUACACAGUGCUUUCCAAACUGCCCUUUUUCAUCCCACUCCCAUUCAUCCAGAGCGCCAACCUGGUCCUGAAGUUAGACUUUAUGAUCCCAACACUGGAAAACUAAUCAGGAAAGGAUCUCAGAAUUCUAACCAGUCUCUGUAUAUUCAAUCACCAUCCCCUCCUCUCUCUCUACCGGUCCAUGGGGAACAUUCCUUAUUCAGAGUUGUUCAGCCACAUCAACAGAUUUUUGAUGAAGAAGAGAUGCCAGCCAGUGAGAACGAAGAACCUGGGCCAUCAAUUCGGAAGCGCCAGCCAAGUAUGUCUGAGACAAUGCCACUGUACACAUUGUGUAAAGAGGAUUUAGAAAGUAUGGACAAAGAGGUUGAUGACAUAUUAGGCGAAGGCAGUGAUGACAGUGAUAGUGAAAAAAAGAAAGCAGGAGAAGGAAAAGAAGCACCACAGAAUAAUCCAAAAGAUACUUUAAAUGUAAAUAUAGAGGAGAGGCCGAUGUCGACAACAUCAAGUGAAAGACGUUUGACAGGCAGUGUACCCAGGGGUCACAAGAGAAAGCUAGAUGAAGAUGAUGCUGCCAGUGAAUCAAGUAAAGGAUCCAGCAAUGAAGAUGAGGAGGGCAGCAGCUCAGAAGCAGACGAAAUGGCGGCAGCACUGGAAGCUGAACUGAAUGACUUCAUGUAGCCUACAUAUGGGAGGGAAUUUAUAAUUAUGUAUUUCUUUUUUCAAUCACUCAUAAUUCCAGUGGCGGGUGUUUCCUGUCCUCCCCAAGAUAUGGUCUAUAUUUUGCAAAGCAACAUAGGAGGUGAUAAGGCAUUAUUUUACAAAAUCUGAAAUAGAUGUUUUUAAGGUGUUUUACUAAAGGAAUAUAUAAUUUUUUAAAGGAAAAGUAUUAAAGGGGGUAUGGUGUGAUAUGCCAAAGACAUGUUAUGAGCUCUACAGAGCCUUCUCGUAUAAGAGAGUAGCGCAGAGAUCUGCAGCUGAACAUUUUACAAAUAUUGCCAUGAUUGUUUUGGACACCUAGGUUCAGAAAGGAAGAAGAUGUAAGAAAUAUAUUGCAUGGAUCAGGUUAGAAGAUCCUGAUCAGAAUAUGUUUAUUCACAAUGAGAUGUUAUCAAACAGUUGUGUUUUUUUUUAAAAAGAAAGGAACAUUUAUAUUUGUAUAGGAACUAAGAGUGCUGUAUGCAAGCUUUGUGAACUCUGCACUUGACUGACCUGCCACUUGCUUCUAAAAGAAUAUAUGAUGAUUGACUUCCAUGUUUUUAUGUUAGUUUGUGGAUUAUUUGUAUUCUUUAGCAGUCUGUUUAGAUUUUAAAAUUUAUUUCUGUGAUUACUGUUCUUUCACAGGAUACUUCUGUGUGUUAUUGUACUGCCAUGAAACAUUCAUUCACUUUUGUGUCAUGUUUGGAAAGAAUGGCUAUAAGCCAAUUCUAGAUAGAAUUUUUUUUCUUUGAAAGAACAGAUGUAAAGUUUUUGUACAUUCUAUUUCAUAUUUGAUCUACAGAACAGAUUCUUUUCAU